AGCAACUGUUGCCCAGUGAAGCAGCGCCAUAGCCACCGUAGUCUUGGCGACUGUAACCCACCAACAACAACCUCUCGCUCCAUCAUUACCACCUCCUCCUCCACCAUCCUCAUCUUCAUCAACCAGUCCACAGCUCAGGCGCCAUGCAGACCCCUGAAGCAGGCGCUGACUCCACCUCCACUGUCCCUCUUCAGACCACCGUGCCUGUCCAGCCUACCGGCUCCACCCAGCAGGUGCCUGUCCAGCAACAGGCCCAGACUGUUCAACAGGUUCAGCAUGUUUACCCAGCACAGGUGCAGUAUGUGGAGGAAAACAGUGGCGUCUACACCAAUGGCAACAUAAGAACCUACUCGUACUCAGAGCCACAGCUGUAUAGCCAGAACAGUGGAGGAAGCUACUUUGACACACAGGGCAGCUCAUCGCAAGUGUCCACUGUGGUGACAUCUCAUGGAAUGACCAACAACGGUGGAGGGGGCAGUGGAGGAAUGAGCAUGGGUCUGGCGGGGGGUCAGGUAAUCAGCAGCAGUUCUGGGGCUUACCUCAUGGACAGCACUGGACCACACCCUGCCACCCAGACCGCACGAGCUUCCCCAGCUACUAUUGAAAUGGCGAUUGAGACGCUCCAAAAAUCUGAGGGUUUAUCCAGUCAGAGAAGCUCGCUGCUCAACAGCCAUCUCCAGUGGCUGUUGGACAAUUAUGAGACAGCAGAGGGCGUAAGUCUACCACGAUCCACCCUCUACAAUCAUUAUCUACGGCACUGCCAGGAGCAGAAACUGGACCCUGUAAACGCAGCCUCUUUUGGCAAACUCAUUCGCUCCAUCUUCAUGGGACUCCGUACAAGGCGCCUUGGGACAAGAGGCAACUCCAAAUAUCACUACUAUGGUAUACGUGUAAAACCAGACUCCCCACUCAAUAGACUCCAAGAGGACAUGCAGUAUAUGGCUCUGAGACAGCAACCAGUUCAGCAGAAACAGAGAUUCAAGCCAGUGCAGAAGUUUGACGGUGGCUCAGGAGAGAAUUACUCGGGUGGUGGCCAGCACCAUCCUGGCGCAGCAGAGCAGACGGUCAUCGCGCAGAGCCAGCACCACCAGCAGUUUCUCGAUGCAUCACGGGCACUCCCGGACUUUAUGGAGCUGGACCUGGGUCAGAGUAAUACGGAGAACAUCAAUGUGGAGGAUGUGAAAGCUCUCCAGUCCCUUUACAGAGAGCAUUGUGAGGCCAUCUUGGACGUGGUUGUUAACCUCCAGUUCAGUCUAAUUGAGAAGCUGUGGCAGACGUUCUGGCGUUACUCUCCCCCUGACUCAGUAGAGGGUGCCACAGUAACAGAAAACAGCGGCAUUAGUGAGAUCGAAGCACGGCUCCCCCAAUUACAACUACUGGUACUGUGCAGAAAUGAAGCAGUGCUCAAAUGGAUGAGCACCUGUGACCAUCUAAUGUACCAGGCCCUUGUAGAGAUCCUCAUUCCUGAUGUCCUGAGACCCAUUCCCAGUGCCUUGACGCAAGCCAUUCGCAACUUUGCCAAAAGCUUGGAAGGUUGGCUCAAUAAUGCUAUGAAUGCCAUUCCACCGAGAAUGAUCCAGACCAAGAUUGCCGCUGUCAGUGCCUUUGCGCAAACACUGCGCAGAUACACAUCUCUGAACCACCUGGCUCAGGCGGCACGUGCUGUGUUGCAAAACACUUCGCAGAUCAACCAGAUGCUGAGUGAUCUCAACCGUGUUGACUUUGCCAAUGUACAGGAGCAGGCAUCGUGGGUAUGCCAGUGUGAGGAAGGCGUGGUACAGCACUUGGAGCAGGACUUCAAGGCCACACUACAGCAGCAAAGUUCUUUGGAACAAUGGGCGGCUUGGCUGGACAAUGUGGUCACGCAGGUGCUCAAACCCUAUGAGCACCGGCCGAGUUUUCCCAGAGCGGCUCGACAGUUCCUGCUCAAAUGGUCUUUCUACAGUUCUAUGGUGAUCAGGGACCUCACCCUACGCAGUGCUGCCAGUUUUGGUUCCUUCCACCUGAUUCGCCUGCUGUAUGAUGAGUACAUGUUUUACCUGGUGGAGCAUCGCGUGGCCCAAGCUACUGGAGAGACGCCCAUUGGUGUCAUGGGGGAGUUUGACAGCCUCAACCCCUUAUCCCUCACUAACACUGAUAAAGAUGAAAUGAGCGGGAUGGACAGCGACUUGGAAGACGACACCGAGGAGUGCGGGGAACCUCUUGCCAAGCGGGAAAAAUCUGAGCACGAGGUGAUCCAGGUGAUCCAGGUGGGGGCGCUAGAGGACGGCUCCCACCCCGUGGUGGGCGUGGUCCAGCCAAGCGUCCUCCACUCGCUGCCCCAGCCCCCGCAGGAUCACACCGAGCAUAUCCUCACGCCCUCUGCUGGCACGCCCACCAUCCGCCACUGCAGCGCCACAGGCAACACCUACGCCUCUGUUUGAGGGUCUGAAGGGCCAAUUUUGCCUGGCUGAUUUUUUUUUGGUUACCGUUUCACUCUCUCCACAUAUCUUUCUCUCUGUAAGCCUCAAUGUUUUCUGUCUUUUUUUCCAUGCGUCGUCUGUCUGCACCUGUGUAGGUGCUGUCCGUGUCUUCACCGCUUAGAUUCUGGAUGUGGUGUCAUCCCAUUAAGUCUCGACGACAAUGCAGCAGCUGGUGGGGGGGUAAAAAAGGAGGAAAAAGGACUAGUUUGACCCCGUUACACGUUUCCCGGUAUAUCGCGACAUAACAGCGAAAGCAGUCUGUGUACGCCGACAGGUUUACACUCAUUCAUACUACUGAUGUCUCAGAGCUCAAAUCCACGUCACCAGUCCCAGUGGAACAAAGUCAUGAAUUAACUCUACACAUUUUGUCGAUUGUACAUAGUUAUGCUGUACUUAAUUGGUAUUACCCAAACCACAUGGUGCUAUCAUUGUGUUUUGCUUUAAUUUCCAGUUAUCCCCCCCUAAUUUUAAUAUAAGUUACAACAGUCUGCUAAUUAACUUUUGGCUGAACAAAAAUGUUUUUUUUGAGUAUUGUAUGUAGCUUAAAAAAACAACAACAAAAAAACAACAACAAAAAAACAACAAAAAUCAAAGGGAUGACUUUCUAUGUAUGUUUGUUUUGUUUGUUUCUUUAAAGGAUCAUGAGGCAGAAUUGUCUGCUUGGUUUGAAAAUGAUUUGGUAGCCACUCACCGAUAACCACUUAUAGCUUUUAGCCACACACAAAAAAGGAAACCCCCCUAAGGAAAUCUCUGUGCUGCUACUUGUGUGUCUAUGUAGAGAUUGAGAAGUUCGUUUUCUCAGCGCUAGCUUUCCUAUGCACUCCGUGCAUAACGCUUGCCUUUUUUUAUUCAUUUUAGAUGCUCUGUAGUGUGGUUUAUGUGACGAGCCGUAAUCUUGAAAACUAACUUAAACUGGUUAUGUUCCCCUGCGUUUUUUUUCCCCUCAGUUUCUGUAUUAUAGACGUUUCUUAAGUUCACAAAAGGACCAAAAACCAAACGCAACAAGAGGAAGCUGGGAGUGUGCCGUCCGGGCCUCCCGAGAGCCGUUUCCUGUCCCACAGUGCCAUGUUGCAGAGCAGAAGGAAUGUCAGGGAUUAAAUGUACCUCGGCUUUAUCAUAGUGCCUUAUCCUUAAAUGCAGCUGUCCUUGUUGUCCUGACUGUGCGGUGUAGACAGCCCACAGCCCCUCUGCAUUGUCCCGGCCACAUAUUUGGCUUUCUGGUGACUCGUGGCUGGAUUUGGGCUGGCUCAUCAGCGUUGAGACCAAGGAAUGCAGGCACAGACACAUCUGUUGUUUUCUCUGGAUCAGCUCUACUAAGCUUAUUACGAACCUAAAUCAUGGUCUUUUUAGCCUUGCUCCUGCCCUAGUUCUGCCCUCCUGAGGCCUAUUCUUGCAUUAGCCUUCGUUAUUGGGUGAAGAGUAUGUAUGUGUGUGUGUGUGCGUUUAUACUGUAUAUGAAUGUGUAGGUCUGCACUGUGUUUGUAUAUAUUUCUAUAUAUAUAUAUACAUAUAUAUAUACCUGUGUCUGUGUGCUUGUGUGUGUGUGUGUGUGUGUCGGAACACAUCUGUCAGUCACCCUACCUCAAACCAGUGGUGCCAGCCCUUUUGACGCGUGCAGAGCAGUCACCAAACACUUAUUGCACACACACCUCUGUACUGCACAAAUCUCAACGCGAUGGAGAAAAAAAAUCUGCAUUUGCUCUUUUUUCUCUCACCUCUGAUACAUUGAUUUCCGUUUUUAGCCCAUACACACACAAAAAAAAAAAGAAAUGCUUCAUUCUUUGUUCCCCUGUUUGGAGAUCAUCUUUGUACAGUGGACCAAAAGUAGAUAUUUUCUGAUAUUCAAAGAUUAUAUAUAUAAAUAUAUAUAUAUAUAUAUGUAUAGUAUAUAUAAUGACGAUACACUACGUAUAUUUGUUGCUUUCCGCGUGUUUUUGAUCGGAUCGGUUUAUAUGUGACUCGUUUCUUUUGGUAGCUCCUCUGUGGUUAGUUUAUAGACUGAAAUGGGGAAAGGCAUGGGUACUAACUUUUGUUUUGGUUCAUUAGACUACAUCUAUACUUGAAGUGUAACAGCCUUCGGUCUUGUGGAGAAGAUUGAGAUUAAUCCUCUGAAUAGGAAGAUUUUGCUACUAAAAUGUCUUUUUUUUUGCCUGUUGAAAUGUUCUGCAAAAACGUCUCUUUGCGGAAAAGUUUUAUUUAUUGAUAUUUAUUGGGUUUUUUUUGUCAUUGUUUUGAAUUGCAUAUGUUAUCAUGGGAACUUGUUAUGAAUUGUGAGUUUAAAGCACUGCAAAGAGCAGAACUACUGUACAGGAGGACCAGAAGGUGUUUUUUUUUAUUUUCAUUUUUAACCCCCUGUGGAUUGAUUACGGAUGUUAAAGAAGGGUUGGCACUAUUCUUUGUUGUAAUCAGUCUUUAAAAGAAAAAAGUCCUUUUAAAUACUACCAGUACACAGGCACAGGAUCUCUGCCAUUGUUUUCCGUCUUAUUGUAGGCUGUGUGCAGAAAACAUGCUCAGUAGUAAAGGAAGGUGGGAAAAUAUUGUGUGUCAUUUAGGUAACUGGGUCAAACGACUCUUGUAGUUUUGUUAAUUUAUUUUCAACUCCUAUAGAAUCACUCACUCAACCCCCCUCCCCCGAUCCUAUUGGCUUGAAAUGUCUGGUUUACCAGAUCUAGAAACGGAGAGCACACACAAAUCUUGCUAUCUUAUCUUAUCCCCCGAGGACGUCGACAAGACUGGAAGUACAGUAGCAAGGCCUGGGGUGUUUUGUUGUUUUGUUUUGUUUUUUUACAUUGAACUGUGACCCUGCUCCCCAACUAACGGCCAAAUGCAAGUUGAGAGAACACUAGAUGAACGAAUCAAUAAACAUAAGCCCUCGAUCUUUGUCCAGAGCCUCAUAAAUAACCUAAACCUUUGUUUUGUUCACAUUAUAACUGCGGAAAAUAAACUCUCCCUCGAGUUGUUGAGAAUGCAGUGUGUAAAAGAAAAGUCAUUUUUGUCACAAAUCUGGAUAUGUACUGGUUUAGGAAUAAAGGGUUUUGCAGGAUAGAAUAUCCCACCUCUUGCUGAUUGAUGUUUUAUUUGUUUAUGUUCUCCGACAUGAGCCUCCGCUCCUUUUUGUCGUAUGAAUUAACUACAACACUGUCGAUGGUAUCAUGUAUUCUUUUGUGCCUGGAGUGGAAGUGUUUUUGUUUUUUUUUGUUUUGUUUUUUAAAAAAAAGAUAAAUGGUUUUAUUUCAAUCUUAAUUGUGUGCUUUAGGAUCAUUAAGUGCUUUCUGGUCUUGCACGCCUACCAUGUGCUGCUAGAAACCGUUUCGUCGUUCGGGUUUUCUUUCUUCCCUAUCUUUUUUUUUUAUCGUGUUUUGUUUUCACAUAGACUGAUGUGCCACACAGUGAUUUAGCUUGUUUGCAUUUUCAACCCUGCCUGGUUGACACUGGACUAAUGUUAAUGCUGCCAACACAAUUGUACUUAAUUUCUCAGAAAUUGAGAAUUGUUUGUUUUCGGUUUUUUUUCUCGUAACCGCUGUGUGCAAAUGAGCCCGUUUCCUAACCAAUCGGGGGGGGGAGAGUGAAAGCGAAGAAAUGCCUUCUCACCUGGACAACAUGGCAGCUUCACUGACCCACAGCAGACUCCAGUGCCUUUAAUUUCACCCUGGCCAGUGCAGAUGGCCUGGGUGACGAUUGGGUCUCUAGUGGGCUACAGAUAGAGGCUUAUCAGAGCAGACAUUUGAUUGCACAGGUGCUGCAACUGAGAACACACCAUGGCUGAGGAAAGAAAAAAAGAAAUCCCUGUUCUCAGACUGGACUGUUUAUUUAUUGGAUGUGACACCAGAGACAAACACCGAGUGGUUAACACACGGUGGAUGACCUGAAAACGACGUUUUAUUGUAUAGAGCUGGCUCAUGAACAAGGAGAGUUACUGUAAGGAAAGCGCUCUCCUGCGACUGGUUUUCUCAUGAUAGUGACUUUUUCUUUUGUCAAAUGAUAUUUUCUGAAUGCUGUGACCUGUUUGAGAUUUGUAUUUGGAUGUUUUCAAGUGCCAUUUGACAGUGCAGUGAGUCGUGGCCAUCUGUAGCACGCUCUAAUGCAAGCACAAGCAUUUGGCAGGUGCAUUUGGGGGAAGGUUUUUAUUUUGAUUCACCCUAGACAAAAAUAUGUAUAUAUAUCAAAAACUGAAAAAAGUUCUAUUUAUUUGUGUCCUAAUUAUUUGAUUUGUUCUUUUUUGGUGAACAUUUUAUCGGAUUUGUUGGCUCAAGUGCUUUUGUGAUUAAUUUUUUUUUUUCCUCUUUUUUGGGAUUAUGUAUAGUAUCUGAUAUAAUAUAUACACACAAAUUUCAUGUAACUUUCUUUUUGUGUGCUGUUAAGUUUCCUUCUUAUCUUCUCAAACUGGCAAGCGAACCAAUGCGUGUAGGGUGAUUUGUAUUGUGUAUUUUGCAUAAAAAAUGAGGACAAUUGGGGGACUUUUAUAUUUCUAAAGAUAUCAUUUAGUGUGUUGUAUUGAUGAUUAUAGAAACUAUUAAAGACACAUGUAGUUUGGUUUUCUGAAUAUUUCAGAUCUCAGCUCAGGCUAGCUUUAGUGUUGUUUUCUUAAGAUUUGUGACAUGUCUUUGCAGUAAUAAAUGUUCUCUUGUUCAA